AGUCAGCCUGGAGCGCUGUCGUGGGGGAUUGUGGGAAAAGAUGGCGGCUGCCGCACGAUCCCGGGUUGUCCGGGUCCUGUCAAUGUCACGUUCUGCCAUUACUGCAAUAGCCACAUCUGUGUGUCACGGCCCACCCCGUCGCCAGCUUCAUCAUGCCCUCAUACCUCAUGGGAAAGGUGGACGUUCCUCAGUCAGUGGGAUUGUGGCCACUGUGUUUGGAGCAACAGGAUUCCUGGGGCGAUAUGUUGUCAACCACCUUGGACGCAUGGGGUCACAGGUAAUCAUACCCUAUCGGUGUGAUACAUAUGACAUCAUGCACCUUCGUCCAAUGGGUGACCUGGGCCAGCUUCUGUUUCUGGAAUGGGACGCGAGAGAUAAAGAUUCUAUCCGACGAGUAGUACAACACAGCAAUGUGGUCAUCAAUCUUAUUGGACGAGACUGGGAAACCAGAAACUUUGAUUUUGAGGAUGUUUUUGUGAAGAUUCCCCAAGCAAUUGCUCAACUGUCCAAGGAAGCUGGAGUUGAAAAAUUCAUUCAUGUUUCACAUCUGAAUGCGAAUAUUAAAAGCUCUUCUAGAUAUUUGAGAAAUAAGGCUGUUGGAGAGAAAGUAGUGAGAGAUGCAUUUCCAGAAGCCAUUAUCAUAAAGCCAUCGGACAUCUUUGGAAGAGAGGAUAGAUUCCUUAAUUCUUUUGCAAGUAUGCAUCGGUUUGGUCCUACACCCCUUGGUUCCUUGGGCUGGAAGACAGUUAAACAACCAGUAUAUGUCGUAGAUGUAUCCAAAGGAAUUGUUAAUGCAGUUAAGGAUCCUGAUGCCAAUGGGAAAUCCUUUGCUUUCGUUGGUCCCAAUCGGUACCUUCUCUUUCACCUGGUGAAGUACAUCUUUGCUGUGGCUCACAGAUUGUUCCUCCCAUUCCCCUUGCCACUUUUUGCCUAUCGAUGGGUAGCAAGAGUCUUUGAAAUAAGCCCAUUUGAGCCCUGGAUAACAAGGGAUAAAGUGGAGCGGAUGCACAUCACAGACAUGAAAUUGCCUCACCUGCCCGGCUUAGAAGACCUUGGUAUUCAGGCAACACCACUGGAACUCAAGGCCAUUGAGGUGCUGCGGCGUCAUCGCACUUACCGCUGGCUGUCUGCUGAAAUUGAGGAUGUGAAGCCCGCCAAGACUGUCAACAUUUAGUGCCUCCUGAGCAGCUCUUGGUUUUGGCGUCUUUUGGGUCAGCCCAUGUGGUUUGCGCACCCAGCCAGACGGUCUCUUUAGAGGAUCCUGUACACAGUUCCACUAUUAAAACAUUUGAGGUUGAA